AUGGAGAAGGGUUCACCAUCCGACUUAAACGGUGUGGAUUAUUCUGUGGAUAAUCCCCUCUUCGCUCUCUCGCCACUGGACGGUAGAUACAAACGUCAAACGAAGGCGCUACGGGCCUUCUUUUCUGAGUAUGGGUUCUUUAGAUACCGGGUGUUGGUGGAAGUUGAAUACUUCACGGCGCUCUGUAAGGAUGUGCCCACCAUUGUUCCAUUACGAAGUGUGACUGAUGAGCAGCUGCAGAAGCUGCGCAAAAUCACACUGGAUUGCUUUUCUGUUAGUAGUGCAGAGGAAAUCAAGAGGUUGGAGCGCGUAACCAACCAUGAUAUCAAAGCCGUGGAGUACUUUAUCAAGGAACGUAUGGAUACUUGUGGACUUAGUCACGUCACUGAGUUUGUGCACUUCGGUUUGACAUCACAGGACAUAAACAAUACGGCGAUUCCAAUGAUGAUUCGUGAUGCUAUUGUAACCUUGUACCUCCCUGCACUCGAUGGGAUCAUUGGCUCACUUACCUCAAAGCUUGUUGAUUGGGAUGUACCGAUGCUCGCUCGGACGCAUGGUCAACCCGCUUCGCCAACAAACCUCGCGAAGGAGUUUGUGGUUUGGAUAGAGCGGCUACGCGAGCAACGGCGACAACUGUGUGAAGUACCCACGACUGGAAAAUUUGGAGGUGCCACCGGAAACUUCAACGCUCACCUAGUGGCAUAUCCAUCAGUGAACUGGCGCGCCUUUGCUGAUAUGUUUCUGGCCAAAUAUCUCGGACUGAAACGACAGCAAGCCACCACGCAAAUUGAGAAUUAUGACCAUUUGGCCGCGCUGUGCGAUGCAUGCGCCCGUUUGCACGUUAUUCUCAUUGAUAUGUGCCGUGAUGUAUGGCAGUACAUCUCUAUGGGAUUCUUCAAGCAGAAGGUGAAGGAAGGAGAAGUGGGGAGCAGCACGAUGCCCCAUAAAGUGAAUCCCAUCGACUUUGAAAAUGCUGAAGGAAACCUCGCGUUGAGCAACGCUCUGCUGAACUUCUUUGCAUCAAAGCUUCCCAUUUCGCGUCUGCAGCGUGAUCUUACGGACAGCACAGUUUUACGGAACCUCGGUGUUCCUAUUGGUCAUGCAUGUGUUGCGUUUGCUUCAAUUUCUCAAGGACUGGAGAAGUUAAUGAUUUCACGGGAGACUAUCAGUAGAGAGUUGUCAUCCAACUGGGCAGUUGUAGCCGAGGGCAUUCAAACAGUUCUGCGUCGGGAGUGUUACCCAAAGCCGUACGAAACCCUUAAAAAGUUGACGCAAGGCAACACUGACGUAACAGAGGAACAGGUACGCAAUUUCAUCAAUGGCCUCACCGAUAUAUCAGACGAUGUACGGGCCGAAUUGCUCGCAAUAACUCCCUUCACCUACGUAGGGUACGUUCCUCGCUUCAGUGCUAAAUAA